AUGUUUAGUGUAUUUCGCCAGGAUGCGAAACAAUCCUCAUCUGUUCUCAAGAUCCCUCACAACACAGAGCAGAAUUCUGUGGUCUCUGUCUCUGAAGUGGUCUCUCUGUCUCUGCAGUGGUCUCUGUCUCUGCAGUGGUCUCUGUCUCUGCAGUGGUCUCUGUCUCUGCAGUGGUCUCUGUCUCUGCAGUGGUCUCUGUCUCUGCAGUGGUCUCUGUCUCUGCAGUGGUCUCUGUCUCUGCAGUGGUCUCUGUCUCUGCAGUGGUCUCUGUCUCUGCAGUUGUCUCAGUUUCUGCAGUGGUCUCUGUCUCUGCAGUGGUCUCUGUCUCUGCAGUGGUCUCUGUCUCUGCAGUUGUCUCAGUUUCUGCAGUGGUCUCUGUCUCUGCAGUGGUCUCUGUCUCUGCAGUGGUCUCUGUCUCUGCAGUUGUCUCAGUUUCUGCAGUGGUCUCUGUCUCUGCAGUGGUCUCUGUCUCUGCAGUGGUCUCUGUCUCUGCAGUUGUCUCAGUUUCUGCAGUGGUCUCUGUCUCUGCAGUGGUCUCUGUCUCUGCUGUGGUCUCUGUCUCUGCAGUGGUCUCAGUAUCUGCAGUGGUCUCUGUCUCUGCAGUGGUCUCCGACUCUGCAGGGGUCUCUGUCUCUGCAGUGGUCUCUGUCUCUGCAGUGGUCUCUGUCUCUGCAGUUGUCUCAGUUUCUGCAGUGGUCUCUGUCUCUGCAGUGGUCUCUGUCUCUGCUGUGGUCUCUGUCUCUGCAGUGGUCUCUGUCUCUGCAGUGGUCUCUGUCUCUGCACUGGUCUCCGACUCUGCAGGGGUCUCUGUCUGCAGCGGUCAGGGCGCACCUGCCGCUUCUGACAGCUCCGACCGGACUCAACAACAGACUAAUGAAGGCCGUUCAUACCCUGGAGGCCUCACUGGUGCCCUGGAGGCCUCACCGGUGCCCUGGAGGCCUCACCGGUGCCCUGGAGGCCUCACUGGUGCCACUGAGGCCCAGAGGUCUGGCCAGAGUCAAAGCAGAGAGAAAACGGCUCUCGCUGCUAACUUUAAACCACGGAACCUUCUCCACCGACUCCCACUGA